AAACAACCAUACAUCAAAAGAAAGCUAAUGAUUCAUAGAAUACAAAUAUACCAAACAUAUUACGUGUAUCUCCUUCCAUUGCUCAAAAACAAUGAAAGAAAAAUUAAUAAACCACCCCUUCCAAAUUCCCUUCGAUUGAGCGACCCCCCACGUCGCCCGAAAAUGAUGACGUCAAGUUGUGUAGAGCGCGGAUCCGGAGGAGCUAGCUAGCUAGUUGAGCUGGCCUGGCUGAGCUGAGCAGCACAGCUGAGCUGAUAUCAACGCUGUAUUUGCGAUUGCACCGGCGAGCCCGGCGGCCGGCGCGGCGGAGAUAUCGAGACUGUGGCCGGCCGUGGGUGUGCAUAUUGUUCGCUGUUUGCAUACUCCGUACCUAUCGAUUUUGACUUUGUUGGCAGUGAUUGUAAAGUUUGUUUGCUUCCGUCAUACUCUGUUAUUGAUAUUAUAAGGAGAGGAAUGACGGCCCCGGCUCAGAGAGAAGAUGCGCUCGAUCAACAAGACUUGAUUAUGGAUUUUGAAUCUGAAAAUGUUGAUGGCACCGAUAGUGAGACUGAGAGUGAGAGUGAUGAGACGAGCAGCAGUAGUGAUAGCGAUGGAGGCGAAGCUGAUGACGGGGAGAACCGGCAGCUCGUCGAAUGGGAUUACGAGCCCUUACCCCGUGGUGAGCCGGGGCAGAAUGUCGGGGAUGCUGGGCCAGCUAAUGCUAAUCGACUUCUGGAAAACGUCGAUAAUUGGUGUACAUGUGGAAGGUGUCGUGUGCACCCUUCUUUCAACGAAGGAGAUUGUUUGUGCUGCAGGGAAGCACCAGAGGUACUUGGAGAGGCUGACCGACAGGGAGCACGCUGUCUGGUGGAAUCAGAUGAAUUCGAACCUGCCAUACUUAAUGCCACAUCGCUCUAUAUUGGUUGGCUGGAAUAUACAGAUCGGUGGCGUCGAGCAGCGAGAGGUUUUGGUGAUCGCAAUAACGAGAAAUACCGAUAUGUGGCAUAUCGGAAAGUGGUGAGAUGGUGUUGGGGCUGGCUUGGAAAAGACAUCAGGGUACAACUGCCUGCAUGCAUCCAUGCUGCUAUCAUGGAAGCCUAUCCAGAUGGAGGGGAUCAGUACAAGGGCACCAUCCUACGUCGCCUAAGAUGAGCUUAAAGUCAAUUACCUGUAUGUACAUUCCAACCAACAAUAAUUGCUAUAGCACUGUAGCUGAAGGUCUGGUUCAUUUUGUCUAUGAAAUCAUGAAUCAUUAUUAUUUAAUUGUGACAUACAUUGUAUAUUUUUCCUGAAGAAUGUCAGAAAAAACAAGAUGUGUACUAUCAUCUAUAUAUUUGUUUUAAUUUGUUCAUCUACAUGUACAAGCAUGUGCAUGUGAUCACAUAAUUGCAUUGUUGCCCAAUCAUCUAUUACACUCUCAUUUUAUAUACAUAGCAAUACACACAAGUUAUGUGGAUGUAAGAAUGUUCUAUAUAUGUAUUUAUUUUUAGUUCAUCAAUAAAGAUUUAGUGUGUCAGUGUAGACUACCAUUUGUAAGUGAGCAUUUUGUCCUUAAAACCUUCAUGGUUUGCAUGGUUGAGAUAAAUUACUAGUACCAAUCUCAUAAUCUGUAGUCAUAUCUUAAAUUGUGUCCUUACUCUUUUUCAUACGUGAUUCAGUAAUUCAGACUCCAUAUUUGGUCUUUACAUAUGUAUCAAAUUCCAUGAGUGGCAUAUUAUUUAAUAGUACAAAAAUUUCAGUCCUUAGCAUUUACUAGUAUUAAAAAAAUAAAGGUUUUAACUCUACAAUAGCCAGGGAAUUUUUUAAUUUUUUUCCAUUUCCCUCAGCCCUUGAAGGUAUUAUGAUCUUGUCUGCAGAUAUCGUGAUCACAACAGUAAUUUGACUGAUAAUAGGAAAAUAAAAGACAUUUAAUGACACGUUAGCAUUAAUUUUUCUGCAUCCACUUAUUUCACGUUCAUUAAAUAUACUUUAAAUAUCUAGACAUGAUAUUAGGAUUUUGCUGCAAAUCUAUAACCCUUUUAACAUCCAUUUUUUGUUGUGUGAAGACUUUUCAUUAGAAAUAUAUAAAUCAUUGGAAUCAUUAAUUUUCUUUGUGAAUCAAUUUCAUUUAAAAAUUUUCUGAUGCAGUUAUUUGUCUUUUACUUUUUUGCUUAUAUUUUUUAUAGAAAUAAGAAAUUGGUUCCCUACUGUUUAAGUUGGAAAUCAUUUUGUAACAGUUAUAGUGUAUUUUUUUUUUUGUAACAGGAAUAAUAGUAUAGAAAAUUUACCCAGGGAACCCACUUCAGUUCUGAAAGAUGUUCUCCCAGCAGGCCCUGCUAUUAUUAUUAUUUACAUGAUCACAUUUUGAGGAUUUUUUUUCUGUGACAUAUGUUUGGAGUGUGUUGCUUCAUUUCAGAACUACUGGUAGUACAAUGUAGGAAGUAUCGUCUCAAAAGCAUGACAAGCUUCUCACUUGACAUAAUUAUGCAAAAUUGUUGAGAUGUAUCCACCCAUUAUGUAACUAUUUCAUCAAGGAAAUAUAUUUCUUGUCAUUGAAUUUGGAUUGAAAAUUUUGGAGAACUGAAUAAUUAUACACCUUAUUUCCAUCUAUUACAUUGAGCAUUUAUUUCACUGGCAGAUGAGUAGGAAGUCAUGUCAACCAAUCUUGUUAACAUUCACUUUGUAUUGUAACCUUGUCUUUUUUAAAAUAUAUGAAAUGAAUUGAACUUGAA